AUGAACGCCCUUCCGUCCCCCCAGCCUGCACACCGCCCCCAUUGCUCCGACGCCGCCACGGACACCCUUCUCGGUGCCGUUUGGCAAUCCCUACAGCAGUCACCGCCGCCGAGCUUGCGCGACAUCCUUGACGCCUACCGCGCAAAAGGCGACGGCGACAGAGACAUGCUCAUCGCCAUGCUGAACGCCAAGAGUGCCGAGGACCAGCGAAUGGCGUCCCUCGCUUCUCUGCAAAAAUCGAUGCUCGACUUGUAUCAGCCUUCUUUGCGCCAGCCCCAGAUUCAGGCUGUCCCGCCAUUACACAUCGCCGACUCGUCGCAUGCGCAUAUGCAUUCUCACUACGCGCACUCGCACCGCUCACGCUCUCCUUAUCAUCCCGUCCACCACUACCAAGCCUCAGCACCACACAUGCCAUCCCCGCCUCCCUCAUACCAUCACCAUCCGAGCCGCUCGCCACCCCCGCACCCGCUGGAAGAGCGUGGUCGAUCAACGGUCAUGCCUGAUUUGCACGAGCCUUCGGAUGUUUCACCGACCUCACGCAAGCGGCGACGGACUCGCUCUCCUGUCCCCGCGCGCGAGCAUGCUCACUACCGUUCGCAAGAUCGGGACCGUGACCUCCCUCUGCCACCCUCGCCGUACACAUGGCCAUUGGCGCACUCCUUUCUGCCCGAGGCGACGACGGCGCGCGAAGGUUGA